AACCUGGAAUAUGCAGUCAAGAGGAAUGAAACAAACCUCUUUUCCUACCUGUAUUAGCUAUCUAUUGCUGUGUGACAAAUUACCCCAAAACUUAGUGGUUUAAACUAACAUUUAUUUCUCACAGUUUCUGGGAGUCAGGAGCUCAGGUGCAGCUUAACUGGGUCCCCUGGUUCUGGGUCACUCACAAGCCCACAGCGUCUCAGAGGUCAAUUAGGGUAGGAUCCACUUCCUAGCUCAUUCAUGUGGAUGUUGGCAGGAUUCCGUUUCCGCGAGCCACAUAGGCCUCUCCACGGAGCAUCUCACAACAUGGCAGCCUGCUUCACCCGUGUGAGGGAUACUGGAAAGUACUGUGAACCUUCCUCAGAGUCAGGAUGUCCAUUUAGAACCAAAACCUGUAUGGUGUUCUCUAUUCCAGGGACUCAACAUUUUCCUGAUUAAGCAUCACUUUUACUUUGCCCAGAGUUCUAUGAAAGACAAAAAGUGCGGGGGCUGUUGAGGAAACAGAGCUUGACUGCAGCAGGUCCCCCACUCUCGCCCUCCUCCACCUCUUGGGAAUUCCCAUAAGCCUUGGGGUAGAGACUUGGCAAAGCUGCAAGACCAUAGAGAGGCUGGUUAUGGAAACUCCUCUCCUCUGGAGACUGAAAGGGCAUUCAUUAUUUCAAACGGCUGACGUUGGGCAAAAUUGCCUUUGGGCAAAUUUCUACAAGAGGAAAUCUUAAAUCUUAAAGAACAAAGUCUCAGGCAAACGAGAAACACUGGAAAGGGCUAAAGAAGUUUCAGGUGUCAGGCAUUAAAAUUAUGGUUGGUUUCUGUCCAUCUCAUUAGGGGAGAAAAAAUAUAAAUGUACUUAAAUGGACCUGAGGGAAGUCAUAAGGUUGAUUCUGAGGGCUGAGUGAUCUGAACUUACAGACAAGCUUGAAGAAAAAAUCUAUACUGGCCAGAGACCAAGUUAAUGGAAAAUUUAAUUGAAGCGAAUGAAAGGCUAAGCCUCAUAGGUGGUGUGGCCCGGUGCCCUUUGAACCAGGAAGGCUGGGACAAGAGGCCACAGAGGGCCGUAAGGGAAAACGUGGUGAGCUUAUCUGAGCGAGAACAAGGGGCGGGACCAAGCCCCGGAGUAAAGGAAAUCUGCAAACCUCCACAAGAGCCUCAGUGAAAGGCAGCAGGAGGGCAGAGAGGAAAUCGGCUGGUUUCUGCCACCAAGAAGUCCCUCAGAGGUCCUCCCUACCUCCCACAGCACUGAGCACCAGCGGCGCUGGAGAGGGGUGUGCGGGACGCUGCCUGGUGGCAGAGACACGGCCACCCAAGAGAAAACAGCCACGGCCGAGGAGUGCCGGGUGAGCCCCGCGGGCAUGCACCGCUACAGCGUGGAUCCCUCCGCCUCCGCCUUCAGCCACAGGGGCUCCCUGCCCGCCUCCUCGUCGCUCUACUGCAAGAGGCAGAACUCCGGAGACGGCCACCUGGGGGGAGGCUCAGCCACCACUGCCGGUGGUCCCCGCAUGAGCCCCAUGUCCUCUGGAGGCCCCUCAGCACCUGGGCUGAGACCCCCUGGCUGCAGCCCCAAGAGAAACGGGACCUCUCUCGAAGGAAACAGAUGUGCCUCAAGCCCUUCUCCGGAAGGGCAGGAUGCCCGGCGGCCAAGGAGCAGGAACCCGUCCACCUGGUCUGUGGAGGACGUGGUCUGGUUCGUGAAAGAUGCUGACCCGCAGGCCCUGGGGCCCCACGUGGAGCUCUUCCGGAAGCACGAGAUUGAUGGCAAUGCCCUCUUGUUACUGAAGAGUGACAUGAUCAUGAAAUACUUGGGCCUGAAGCUGGGACCUGCACUGAAACUCUGCUACCAUAUUGAUAAACUGAAGCAAGCCAAGUUCUGAAGAUGUUUAAAGGAUAGAAGUGAAAUCCAGACAACAGAUCUCAAGAUCAUCUUCUGAAGCCUUACCAACAUCAGCCUUCAUCGCAAAGAUUCUCUUCUGAAAAAAAUAACAACCACAAAGACUUGGUCUUUUUAUAAAACUCGUGCAUCUUUGCCUUUAAAAAAAAUUCAACAUGGCCCUUUUGAAAGGUUCCUCUGUGUUAGUGAUUUGCCAAAAAAUUAUCCCCCAAAUCUAUCAUUUUUAACAUUCCUGGUAGGUUGGUUUCUUGUAGGGUGGGUCCUACUUUUAUAAUGAGAGUGUGGGGAACUGAGUGUUAUUACUCAAAGAGGACCCUUGAGGCUUCCAGUGAUGUUAGAAGGACCUUUAUCUCUGCAGCACCACCUGUCUUUAACUCGGACCUGGGGACCUAUCAUUGUGAGCCUUGCCUGAUUCAGCUCUGAAAGCUGUCUUCUGAGGAUAAAUGCCUCACUUUGCACUAUCUGGAAAACUUGAAUUCUUUUGCUCUCUGAAAGAGAAGAAGGAAAAAAAAAAAUUCUUUUCUUUUCCCAGUUAUCUGAAGUACUGUGUUGCCCCACUAGAGGGCAGACUGCUGAUGAAAUUUCAGGCCCCUCAUUGCAGUAGCCUGAUACUCAGUACCCAGAGGAUGGGUAGGGUUUCUGUGAACAAGAUCUAGCCUACACAGACAUGGGAAAUUUAUUCCCAGUGAGCACCACAGAUUGCAACUUGGGAAGAAAUCACCUUCUUCUAGAAGGUUCUAGUUCAUAUCCAAUCAUUAUUGACUGACUGAGAUGCAGCAAAGGCAAGAAUUUGGAAGCAUGUUCUUCCCAGAUGGGGCUUUGGAGUUCCUUCCCUUCCAGAGUCCUUACUGAAGUGUCAAUGUGUUGGCACAUGGGAGAGUCUUAGUGACAUUUAGCCAUGGUGUUUCUUAAAAAGAAUAAGAAGAAAGAUGUCUCGACUAAGCUUUGAAAUGGGAGAGUGCUGAUUUCUAGUCACACUGAAGGACUGUAUAGUUGUAUCUGCGGUUAAUUUUUCCAUCUUCAGCAAAUACACGGACAUGCUAUUAUGAGGUUUAAUUCAAUUUACAAAUAGGUUUUCCUUUCUCACCUUGGAGUAAUAGAAAAAAAAUUGAUUUCUACUCCUUUGCAGCUGUGUCCAGGGAAGGACAAUGAAUCCACAAUUUAUGAGACAGAAGGGCAACCUCAUCUCCAUUUUUCUUCUUAUCCUUUUCAUUUCUCUCCUCCCCUGUCUCUUUUUCCCUUCCUCUCUCACUUAACAGGAAACAUAUCUUCAAAAUGGAUGGUCCUUUGCUGUGGGCAUAUCAUUUUCCUUUAAAAGCACCUGUAGUGUUGGAGGUGAGGAGGACCUUGUGAUCUCUGGGAGGGCGAGGAUCAAGGACAACUCAGGGCCUCCCCUGGCCCAAAUGCAAGUUAGAAAAAGCACACCGUUCCCGGUGGGCAGCCUGGCAGGGGUCUCGGCUGGUGAGUGGGGCCAGGUGGGAUUUCAGCCCCCUCACCCCUCCACCAGCUGCCCUUGUGCAGGACAGGACCUGUACAGACUUGAGUGCAGCCCUGGGUAGAUUUGUGUGUUGAUCCUCUGUAAAUCAUACAGAACCUAGGCAAGGAUCGUAAGAAGAAUUCCAUGCCGUGCCAUUAGACCCACUUUGAUGAGUGAUAUUUGAGAAAGCACGUCAUAGCAAAAACCCUUUUUAGAUACACAAAUGGUGGCUGGAUUUAGAGCACAACAGAGAAGGGACAGAGGAGAAUGUCCUAAAAGUGCCCAGGGAACCGAGCUUGAGUUACCAGGUCAUGGAAGAGCUGAAUGUUGGUUCCGGCACCUGACAAAACUGCCCUGAAUCAGGCCUUGGGACAGAGUCCUCAAGAUUUUUAAGCGAUAGAUUGUCCCUCAAAGUCGGUUAAUUGUGAAAUGCUUGCUGCUGGUCUGGAGUUAGAGUCUCCCUCAAAAACCCAUGGAUAGCUUAUGCAUUCAGAAUGGCCAAUGUGAAAACAGUAAGAGCCAGAAAUCCCACAGCAACCAUGUUUCUCCUCCUUUUUCUCAGUCCUCUAAAACUUGCGGUGCCUCUUCCAUCAACAUAUACCUCAUACAGAGACUUUCAAAACUUCCUACCCAUUCUCAGUAGUGUCCCUUCAGGAUUAAAAACUUCAACAUUGGUGUCCCCCAAAUCCAAAUCAUCCCCAAACAGUAUCAGAUAGAUGCUUGGUGUGGUUUUCAGGGGAGAGAGAUUUUGCCAUCUCAAGUGUAGAAGAAAAACUGGGUCCACGUUCGUGGGAUCUGCUCUUACGGAGGUGCUAUCUCAUUUUGCAUUAAACUUUAAGUGGGACAGAUUGCUGAAGCCAUGAUAUUUAAGGUUUGACUUUUUAAAAAUCUUCUUACUCUUAAGAUGAAUGUUGCCAUAUCAGAGAAUAACCCAGGCAGGAAGUUCUUCCUUGCCUGUUUUUGCACUGAAAUGCAAUUAGCCCACCACAUUAUUGUUGUAAUACUGCAAUUAUAAUUAAUUUUCACCCCUUUCAAAAAUCUUGUCAAACCAGGCAGCUAAAUAGCUCAGCAAAUGUAAAACAUGCCAGGCCAUUUCCUCUAAACGGACCUUACAGAGUCAGGCCACGUGUGUCACCCCAUCCGACUGGGAGCUCUUCUGGGGGGCCUCGCUCUUGUGCAGACGUGGUGCUCGUUACUCCACGGCAGUAGCUUUGCUUCGGGUUGUGGCGAAUAAUGAUACAGUUUAGCAUAAUUCCAAAUUAGAGUGUGUGUGUGUGUGUUCAUGCUCCAAACACUUCCAAUUACACUUGUCUGUUAAACACUUUUACAAAAAAAGUCUAGAGACAGUUCUAUUGCCUAAGGCAUUUUAAAUAUUUAAUGAAGCACAUUAUUCCCUUUGUGAAGACUUCAGGUAAAAGAUGUGCAUUUUGUGUGUGUGUGUGUGUGUGUUUCCUGACACUGUAGUUGGAAGAGCCUUAGGAAGUAGCUAGGUGUGUAUCGGCUGUUGGAUUUGCUUGGUGUCAAAGGCUUCCCCAGCUUUGUGGCACAGAGGUGGAACCCACUCUAGGCUGUUACUACUGGGUAUCCCCUCUAAUGCCAGUAGGGUGCGCCCUGGAGGCUGCUGGGGGGUGGUUCUGGGGUUCUGGGCCUUCCCAGGUCAGGAGCUGGCUGACAGGACUCCACUCCGUGUGACUGAGGGGACAAGCCUAGCCAGGAAGCCCACGGGGCAGGACCAGCCGUCUGGAGCCUCGUUUAGUGCCCGCCAGAGCUGCACCGCUCCCCCAUCAUUUCCCUUCAGCAGGAAAAAGGAGUGGAGAGCACCUCACCAGAACCAAAUAGGAUACUGAAAUACGCCGGGGAGGGACACUGAGCUGCGGUUAGGAAGGAAACUGCGAGUUGGGGAAGACAAAACUACAAAUGUCUUAGGAAGACAGUAAGAGGGGGUCUCUUCUAACAGCCCCAACCCUUUAAGCUACAAUAUCCUAUUUUUGUAUUUAUGUGUGGAAUAGUUCUUAUGUUUUAAAACAUUAAAAUUAUGUUUUUUAUUUUCUGAGAUUGUUUUAGGAGAAUUUUGUCAUAGCUCCGAAGAUUGUUGGAAAUGCCCAGAAGUGACCAGGGACUUGAAUUUAGUCAUUGUCAGAAGGUCUUGAAAGACGGAGAUAUUCUGCUUUCUUUCCAAAGAACUAGCCAGGUUUCCUCCGUGUGAGCAGAAGGUGAGUGCUGCCUGCCGUUUGCUCUGACCUGGUGCUUUUCUAAGUCUUCUCCGAUGGGCUUAGGGGAGGAGGAGAUGGGACUCACUUUUUUUUUUUUUUCCUUAAACCUCAGAUAAUAAGACAGGGGACUGGGAAGGAGUGUGUGUUUUUUUUGGAAACUGCAAUAUUUCGUUAAGGAGAGGGAUGAACACCUGCCCAUGGGUGUGGUUUAUUUGUUGUCACAAACACACUCCAAGAACUGAGUCACUGCCCAGCUCUGCUCUGGUCUUGCCAUGUGCCUUAGUCUCCAUGGCAUGAGAGGACCAUGCUGAGAACCCCAGCUGUGACCCCAGCAGACGGUCAGCUGUUUAGAGGUACAAGCAGUCCUGUUCCCACCUUGUGAUGUCACCCUGGUGGCGCCUCUCACACAACUCCCGCCGGUGCUGCCCUGGGAAGAGCCCUGGGAGCCUCAGCUUCCGGAGUCCCCUUCCCUCCAGCCACUAGCCUAAUCGAAGACGAUUCCUUUGCGGACAAUUGGAAGCUGAAUUUUUGGAAAUCUAGCAUUUACUUGAAAGAGAAUCGCUCUUAUCUAUUGCCACCAGUUAAAUAUUAUGGAAACAUGUCUGCUAACAAUUUGCUUUGUGUAAUUUGUUCUAAUGCUAAUAAGUAACAGCUGGGACACUUCCUGUGGUAAAUUCCUUUGUGGUUACAGUGGUAUGAUCACACAUGGACUUCACCAAAUCGCUGUACUUGAGAAGAACGCUCACUCGCUCUCCCAGGUUGCAGGAAAUUCCCAAACUGAGAAGCAGUUCUGGGCAAAAGCAUAUAUUUUUAGAGGAGGAUUUGCUUUUCUUCAUUCUCUUGUUUUCCUAAACAGGGCCCCAGACCUAUGCUCUUAAAAUCCUGCAUAAAGAGCCUGGGGUUCUCCUCCCGCUUGGCGUUGAGCUUGGUUUCCUCCAGAGGAAAAGACAGCAAGCAGAGCUAAAGAAUGACACCAGCCCCCAGGUCAGUGUGCUGUGCCCAGAGCUGAUAUGGAGAGGACAGGGCGAGAGCAGUGGAGAUGCAUCUGAGAGCCAAGUGCUGUUCAGCAGCUGAUUAGGUAGUGAUGGCAGACAGCGUGGGCAUCUUGCUGUCCAGAGGGUCUAAAUGUACCACUCAGACUUGCUCAGGGCCGUCAGCCCACCAUUCUCUGCUCUGUAGCUCGACCACAUGACCUGAGCCACGUACUAGAUGCUCAUCGCAAAGGCCAGCACAAAUGCCUUCUACUGGAUCCUACUUUGGAACACAACCAAAGCCUUGCUUCUCCAAACAGCUCACUAGGAAAUACCCGACCUUCACUGGGUGUCAUUUUACAGUAAGCAUAUAUGACCGGAGGCUACCUCCACCAUAACCUAUAAUUGUAGCAUCCUCAAACCUCAGGAAGGCUCUACCUCCCCAUCCAGUGCUGGAACGCCUUCCCUACAGCCCUGAGAAAUGGCUCUGCCUGACCGCAUCCCAUUAGGAGGCGUUCACUCCCAUAGGAAGUGGCUUAUUUCUCCGUUGGACAGCUCUGGUUGUGAAAACAUUAUUUCUCAGGGAGACACAGAUGUCUGUGAAUCAGACACAGACGUUUGAGAUGAAGCCAACUCUGCAAUCCUCUUUUAAACAGAGCUCAUCCAGGCAGGAACCACACCUACAAUACAAAUUGACGUUGGCAAGUCCAGCCCAGCUCCACUACAUUAGGGCAGAGGAACAGACACCGCAUACAAAUGCAGGACUCAGAUAGGUCGCAGCCAUCAGAUUCAUCAACCCUGUCAUGAAAAACUAUUAAAAUUCUUGUGACCUCACACACACACAAAAGGGUGUCCUGGGAGAAUCUUCAGUGUCAUUGUAAGUCUGGCUUUGGUCACAUAAGCACACGAGUAACAAAAGAUUGCGUGAAUGAAUCUACAAGUCCAUGGGCCUCAUUAGCUGAAGAAAACACCAUGACACGCGGAGGUUCCAUCUCUUAAUUGUACUCACUGGUGAUUUAAUAAACUAGGGAAGCUUUAGUUUAUAGACAAAAACAAGGAAUAAUUGAUGAUAGAAAAGUAAACACGGUCUGUUGUGAAUUUAUGCAAGCCUUGUGCAGUUCAUGACACCAAGCCCAAGCCGAUUUCAUGCUUGUGCGUGCAUUCCCCAGUGAGCGUGUAUUUGUGAGUUAAUGCAAUAAGAGAUGGGAAUUGGGGGAGGUUUGGGAAGGGAUUGCCAAAGGAGAUUUAGCUUUCUAGAGCAUUCUUAUUCAGAAGAACUAUCUAGCAAUGAUUUAGAAAUCAGACAAAACAUAGUUUAUGUAGUUUACUUAGAUAAACUUCUGGAUUGUGGGGCAGACUCUCUAUGAAAAUCGUUCAAUCUUGGUAACUUGGAAAAAGCAGCUAAAAUCCAGCACCUUGCCCAGCACCUGUCAUACAAAAGGCAUCUCAUUCAUAUUCAUUGACUGACUUAAGGAACUUGUCUAGUUUUCAUAUUUUAUUCAAAAAGCCAUGAGUUUCUUUUGGGAGCUCAUAUCUUUACUGAGAGGAGAACCACUGAAGGGACAGGCCAGAAGAGCAGGAGGCCUUUCCAAUGGUUCUCCAAACGCUUGAGCAGGCCAACCCUGUGGUCACCGAUGUGAGUUUCUGUCUCCUCUUUUUGUCGUAGGAUCUCACAUUCUGCUUAGCUCCAUGCUCCACUGUGAGUGUUAGAGAGGAACAAAGGCUUCUUCACAGCUGUACUGUUUUUUUCCUUUGCAGAUUUCUUUUUAUUUUAUUUUAAAUUUUUUAUUGAAGUAUAGUCAGUUAUAAUGUGUCAACUUCUGGUGUACAGCAUGAUGUUUCAGUCAUACAUAUACA